CUACUACAUUAUCAAAGGUAUGUAUGUAUGUAUGUAUCAGUAUUAUCUAUCUAUUCAAUCUGUCCUCCUCCUCCUCCAUUUCUUUCUAUAUUUAAAUUUUCAAGUUCAGAUAUAUUAAAUGUUUGCCUCUGUCACACACACACACACACACACAUUAAUAUACAAACACACUCUCUCUCUCUCUCUCUCUCUCUCUCUCUCUCUCUCUCUCUCUCUCUCUCUCUCUCUCUCUCUCUCUCUCUCUCUCUCCACAGAUCCCGUUGCAUCCCAGCCUCUCCCGUUGCAUCCCAGCCUCUCCCAGUGCAUCCCAGCCUCUCCCGUUGCAUCCCAGCCUCUCCCGUUGCAUCCCAGCCUCUCCCAGUGCAUCCCAGCCUCUCCCAGUGCAUCCCAGCCUCUCCCAGUGCAUCCCAGCCUCUCCCAGUGCAUCUCAGCCUCUCCUGUUGCAUCCCAGCCUCUCCCAGUGCAUCCCAGCCUCUCCCAGUGCAUCCCAGCCUCUCCUGUUGCAUCCCAGCCUCUCCCAGUGCAUCCCAGCCUCUCCCAGUGCAUCUCAGCCUCUCCCAGUGCAUCCCAGCCUCUCCCAGUGCAUCCCAGCCUCUCCCGUUGCAUCCCAGCCUCUCCCGUUGCAUCCCAGCCUCUCCCGUUGCAUCCCAGCCUCUCCCGUUGCAUCCCAGCCUCUCCCGGUUGCAUCCCAGCCUCUCCCGUUGCAUCCCAGCCUCUCCCAGUGCAUCCCAGCCUCUCCCAGUGCAUCCCAGCCUCUCCCAGUGCAUCUCAGCCUCUCCUGUUGCAUCCCAGCCUCUCCCAGUGCAUCCCAGCCUCUCCCAGUGCAUCCCAGCCUCUCCCAGUGCAUCCCAGCCUCUCCCAGUGCAUCCCAGCCUCUCCCGUUGCAUCCCAGCCUCUCCCAGUGCAUCCCAGCCUCUCCCAGUGCAUCCCAGCCUCUCCCGUUGCAUCCCAGCCUCUCCCAGUGCAUCCCAGCCUCUCCCAGAAAAUAGGAGGAGGAGGAGGAGGAGAAAGAAGAGAAGAGGAGGAGGAGGAGGGGGAAGAGAGAGAAUUAGAAGGAAGAAGAGGAGAAGAAAUAAGAGGACAACGACUUAGAGGAAGCAGCAGAAGAGGAAGAGGAGGAGGAGGAGAAGGAAGAGAAGAAUAAGGAAGAGGACCAAAAGAAGAAGAAGAAGAAGAAAGAGGAGGAAGAAGAGAGAGGAGAGGAAGAGGAGGACUUAGAGGAAGCAGCAGAAGAGGAAGAGGAGGAGGAGGAGGAGGAAGAGAAGAAAAUAAAGGAGAAGAGGACCAAACAAGAAGAGAAGAAGAGGAGGAGGAGGAAGAAGAGAAGAGAAUAAGGAAGAGGAGGACCAAACAAGAAGAGGAGGAGGAGAAGAAGAGGAAGAAGAAUAAUAGUAGUAGUAGUAUUAGUAGUGUCUCUCUCUCUCUCUCUCUCUCUCUCUCUCUCUCCCAGCCCCCCAGUGUGUCCCCCCCAGUGUGUUGAAGAACCCCCCAGUCACUCCCCCCCAGCCCUCAUGAACCUCUCACUCUCUUCAAAGUGAGAGUGAGAGUGGGUGUCUAUGUAUGUAUGUAUGUAUGUGUGUGUGUAUUUUACAAUUAAUAAACAUACAAUUAUGA